GCAACACUUGCCCUCACUGACGAACACGCCGCCCUGCGGCUCUCAGAAACCAGGGGGUGGAGCCGGGAGGCCAGGCCCUCAACAAAGAUGGUGUUCAGGUCAGGUUCAGCGUGCCAGUUCUACGUGUGGAAGCGGAACCAAUGAGUGGCAGAGAAGGCGCGGAUAGCUUUCUGUGAUUCGCCAGCUGUGAGGAUUCAAAUCAGAGGGCGAGGCUGCCGCGCGGAGCUGGGUGGUUGCACUACAGUUAGCGCCUGCCGGCUCGUGAGGAACCGUCGCCCCGAGCGUGUGAGGCGGCCAGGGAAGAUGGAGACUGCAAUGCUGAAUUUACGGAAUCUGUUUGAUCAACUCAUGCACCAGUCAGAAUUUCUAAAUGAAGGAAAUGAAUACCAGUUUAUCCAGUUGGCAAAGAACUUUGAAGAGUUCAGAAAGAAGUGGCAGAAGGCAGAUCAUGAGCUGGCCAGGUACAAGGAUCUUCUGAUGAAAACAGAAACUGAGUGUAGUGCACUGGAUGUGAAGCUGAAACAUGCUCGCAAUCAGGUGGAUGUGGAGAUCAAGCGAAGACAGCGAGCUGAAGCAGACUCUGAGAAGCUGGAGCGGCAGAUCCAACUGAUUCGGGAGCUACUGAUGUGUGAUGCAUCUGGAAGCAUUCAGCUAAGUGAAGAACAGAAAUCUGCCCUGGCCUUCCUUAACAGGCCUCACCUUUCCACUGGAGGUUCUGGGAACAGAAGACUUUCAACAAUAGAUGAAUCUGGCUCAAUUCUAUCAGACAUCAGCUUUGACAAGACUGACGAGUCACUGGAUUGGGAUUCCUCUUUGGUGAAGGCUGUCAGACUGAAGAAAAGAGAGAAACGGCGCUCUUCCAGACAGUUCAUAGAAGGCCCUCCAGGUCCUUUAAAAAAAACCCGAUCAAUUGGCUCCACAGUGGACCAGGGAAACGAGUCUAUAGUUGCAAAAACUACACUUAUGGUCCCUAAUGACGGUGGCCCAAUUGAAGCUAUCUCCACUAUUCAGACUAUACCUUAUCAUCUCAGAAGCCGGAGGAAGACAGCCAGUUUACAGCCCUGGAAUAGUGACUCGAGCUUGGGCAGUAGGCAGCUGGAACCCAGAUCUGAAACUGAUGGAUCUAACACUCCUCAGAGCAAUGGGGGGAUGAGGCUGCAUGAAUUUGUAUCAAAGACGGUUAUCAAACCAGAGUCAUGCGUUCCAUGUGGAAAGCGGAUAAAGUUUGGGAAACUGUCCCUAAAGUGCAGGGACUGCCGUGUGGUGACUCACCCAGAAUGUCGGGACCGCUGUCCCCUUCCCUGCAUCCCAACGUUAACAGGAACUCCUGUCAGAAUUGGAGAGGGGACGCUGGUGGACUUUGUGCCCAUGACUCCGCCAAUGAUUCCUUCCAUUAUAGUUCAUUGUGUGAAUGAAAUUGAGCAGCGGGGGCUACGUGAGACAGGCCUAUACCGAAUUUCUGGCUGUGACCGGACAGUGAAAGAGCUGAAAGAGAAGUUCCUUCGAGGGAAGACUGUGCCCUUGCUCAGCAAAGUGGAUGAUAUCCAUGCCAUCUGUGGCCUUCUUAAAGACUUCCUGCGCAGCCUAAAGGAACCCAUUCUCACAUUCCGGCUAAACAAAACUUUUAUGGAGGCAGCAGAAAUUCUGGAUGAAGACAACAGUGUGGCUGCCAUGUACCAGGCUGUUGGUGAACUCCCUCAGGCUAACAGAGACACACUCGCUUUCCUCAUGAUUCAUCUUCAGAGAGUGGCUCAGAGCCCAGACACUAAAAUGGACAUCACCAACCUGUCCAAAGUCUUUGGUCCCACAAUAGUUGCCCAUGCUGUGCCAGAUCCUGACCCCAUGACACUCUUGCAGGACACUAAACGACAACCCAAGGUGGUAGAGCGGCUGCUGUCACUGCCAGUGGAAUACUGGAGCCAGUUCAUGAUGGUGGAGCAAGAAAACAUUGACCCAGCGCAUAUAAUUGAAAACUCUAAUGCCUAUUCCACUCCUCGAACACCAGAUGUUAAAGUGAGCAUGCUGGGUCCUCUCACUACUCCAGAACAGCAACUGAUAAAGACUCCUUCGUCUAGCUCCCUGUCCCAGAAGGUCCGAUCUACGCUCAGCAAGACUACCCCGAAAUUUGGGAGCAAAAGCAAGUCAGCAACCAACCUUGGACGCCAGGGAUACUUCUUUGCCUCUCCUAUGCUGAAGUAAAAUGGACAUGGAGUUUCAGCCCUUUUAUAACGUUUACAGCCCACACAUGCAUGACUACAAUAAAGGACUAACUGCCCUUCACUACUCUCAGCAGCCUGUUUACUAGGGUGUAAUCUUAUGACUUUUGUUUUUAGCUUAAUUGAGAUUUUUAAUCGAGUUUUAUUGUGCAAUGUAUUUUAUUAAAUAUUUAGUGCUAUAUUACAUCUAGCAUUAGCGAGAAAAGUAACUGGCAAGAUCUAGUCAGUAUGUUAGCGCAAAUUGCCACAAAUAUUUUAAUUUGGAAAAUAUAUAUCUUUCAAUGGGAAGCUGGCCUCCAUCUGUUUAAGAGCACCUUAUUGGAGUUCCAUUUAAACACUUUUCGAAAACUAUAAGGCAGCAUUUUGCACCAGCAGUAAUCCUACCUUGUUCCAGGAGAACUAGCAUAAUCCUUUGGGGAAAGAGUACUGAUCCUGUCUAUUGAGAAGCAGUGAAUGCUGAGGAACACUUGUUCUUCCUUUUGCAAGUCUAUUUUUAGUGAAGCCAGUGACUUUAGAAAGUGAGAACUCUUAAAACUUGGCCAUGUGAAAAAUUACAAAAACCAGUGUUCCAUAAUGCACCUAAACCUGCCAUAAAUCUUGAGACUUAUUUGUGCACUAUAAAGUGGCUCAGCCUGUAAAUGUGUUACUGAAGUUUGUAUCUCUCUUGAGUACAGGCCAGUAAUUUUGGCCUCGGCUUCUACAAAAGUGAGUUUGGUUUGUUCUUAAUGAAUUGCCACUUGGUAUAUGACUUAUACAGCAGAACUACAUUAAAAAUAUCUGCUGUCUGUAAAGAAAAGUUUUAUAGAUAAGACUGUCUGCAGAUACUAGCACAAAGAAUUAUUGGAUUGGUACUGUGGGUGCUUUUAAAAAUUGUACUACCCUUCUUGAUUUUUGGGAUGGACAUGUUUGUUAAUAGUUUUCCAAAUUCCAGGAUAUGAGAGGGGAUGCUAAUUUACCUAGCCCAAUGUUGCACCAGAAGACUUGUUAAACAUGUACCAAUGCUUCUAAACAUUGCUUCUCUGUAUUAAGUUCCUGGAAACUGUACUGACUUCUGCCUAUAAGAAUCAUGUACAGUUGGUAUAUCUGAAAAAAGUAAAAUCACAGUUUUCUAAUGAG